GCAUCCAGUCGAUUAAGAGACGCAUGAUAAAGCGGCGUUAUUAAUUGACUGAUGCGAGCAGCAGAUUGGAGUGUGUUAAUAGCUCUGAUGCUGCAUUCCAGCGCGGGGCAUAAAUGAACAUGUCGUACCGGAAACUCUGAUUUUAGCAGUACCGGGGCUGGACGACAGCCAAAGCAUUGGUGCAGGGACGAAGAGGGACGCAGAGAGGAACAGCGUGUCGUUGACGAGAACACGGGGCCAUCAACUAACGUAACAAACCAAGAAACCACAGGGAAAUGCGCGGGAAAAGCGGCCUGUCAAUCAAACCCGUGAGUGCGUUUAUUCAGGCAGAGAACCGACAGGACGAGAAAAAGGUUUCAGCUCGAGUCUGAUGUGUGACACCGUGACGAGGAAAAAUGCUGCAUUUGCCUUCACCUUCACUGCCGGCUGUCAUUUCUUUCAGCACGACGGUGUUUAAGAGUUAAUAUUAUAUAUUAGAAUAAAAUACCGCAGUCCAGCUCCAUCCAGUUUUCCAAGGAGGAUGCCAUCAUCGCUGUUCAUCGUGGUCAUGUCCUCGGUUUUUCUCAACCCCAGCCUUGCUUUCAGCUCACAUUACGACACAGGUGGCACCCCCCUGAGUGAGCUGUCAUGGCCAUCCUCUCUGGCUGUGGUGGCUGUCUCGUUCUCUGGCCUCUUCACGUUCAUCUUCCUCAUGCUGGCCUGUUUGUGCUGCAAGAAAGGGGACAUCAGCUUCAAGGAGUUUGAAAACACUGGUGAGGAGUACCAGGCGGAUCUGUCCACUCUAGCCUCCUCUGGCUCUCAAGAUGGCCCAGAUGUCUACGUCCUUCCCCUCACUGAGGUUUCACUGCCUGUGGCCAAACAACCAUGUAGAUCAAUUCAGCUGCUGAAGUCAGCGGAUCUUGGACACCACAGCUUGCUUUACCUAAAGGAGAUUGGCCAUGAUUGGUUUGGCAAGGUUUUUCUGGGGGAGGUGAAUGCUGGACUGAGCACCACACAGGUGGUCGUGAAGGAGCUGAAAGCCAGUGCCAGCAUACAAGAGCAGACGCAGUUCCUGGAAGAAGCUCUACCUUACCGUACUCUGCAGCAUCCUGCCCUCCUGCAGUGCCUGGCCCAGUGCACAGAUGUCACACCCUAUUUGCUGAUUAUGGAAUACUGCCCCCUGGGUGAUGUCAAAGGAUACCUCCGUAGCUGCCGGGCAGCAGGUUCAGCCACCCCUGACCCUUUCAUCCUCCAACAAAUGGCGUGUGAAAUUGCCUCCGGGCUUCAGUACCUCCACAAACAUAAUUACAUUCACAGUGACCUGGCUCUCAGGAACUGUCUCCUUACUUCAGAGAUGUCCGUGAAGAUCGGAGACUACGGCCUCUCUUACAGCAGGUACAAGGAUGACUACUUUGUGACGGCAGAUCAGAUUUGGGUGCCACUACGUUGGAUCGCCCCAGAGCUCAUUGAUGAGGUCCAUGGCAACUUGUUAGUAGUGGACCAGACAAAGCCCAGCAAUGUCUGGUCACUGGGUGUGACAAUCUGGGAGCUGUUUGAGCUGGGGAGCCAGCCAUACAGACACUAUACAGACAGGCAGGUGUUGACGUAUGCAGUGAAAGAGCAGCAAAUGAAGCUGCCAAAGCCUUUGCUGAAAGUCCCCCUGUCUGAACGCUGGUAUGAAGUGAUGCAGUUCUGCUGGCUGCAACCAGAGCAGCGGCCCGUUGUGGAGGAGGUCUACCUGCUGUUGAACUAUCUAUGUGCUAAAGGUACCAGUGAGGCACAGGAGGACUUUGAGAAACGCUGGAACUCCCUCAGACCAAGUCUAGACACAGGCAGUUCCCAGAGAAGCCCAGCCCUAGAGGUACCCUCAUCUACUUCCUCAUUCCCUCUGCUGGAGCACUUCUCCAUGGUUGACAGUUUCCAGUCUGAGAACGGUGAUGAAAUACUAACGGUCACUGAGACCAGUGAUGGGCUCAACUUUGAGUACAAGUGGGAACAGGCCAGAGCUGAACAGGCCUACUGCUCCUCAUCUACAAGUGGGCCUUUAGGAAGUAGCAAUCCCCAUUACCAGGACAUAUACUAUCCCCUCAGCAGUUCCACAGGAAGCUGCAAAGAGGAGAGUCUCAAUCUGGGUGUUUCUCCAUCCCAAUACAAGUCAGAUUACCCAGGUGUGGUCCCAGUGUUGAGUGCACACAGUCCGUCUGUUAGCAGUGAAUACUAUAUUCGUAUUGAGGAACCCGUAGAGUGCAAUAUCAGUGUGGAGGAGGCCACUCUUGACUACAGUCCAGAACUUGAGGCCAGCAAAUGUACCUUCUCCAGGAAUGACAUGAAAAGUCCUACUGAGGCUCAUACAAAAACAUACUGGUCAGGAGCAAAAGACUCUAAUAGCAUUAUAAAUUAUUCAGAUGCUAGUCCAACUACUGCCCUAAGUGUGGACCCACAUCAGAGACAAGAUCUGAACCAUAUGGAUUCUGCAGAACAAUUAAGUCAAUACUUUUCCCCCAGUGACCGAGAUAGAUUGCACUGUGAACGGACACCCUCAAGAGAACAGGAAGUUCCUCUGAAAAGAGGACAACCGUCCAAGUCUUGUCUUAAGUCUGGGAGCUUAUACAAUACAGGUGUACAAGAAACUCCACGUGGCAUAUCAGUUUCACUGAGCAGCCCCAGUUUGGGACAAUGUGACCCCUACCUUGAAGCCAACCAGAGGACAGCUGAAACAAAUAUGGCCAAUGAGGCCUAUUAUGAUAUGAUGGGUAGCCUACCAAAGAAUAUUCCCAGGCCACACAAUAUAACUGUUGAUCUUGAAGCUGCCGAUUGUCUUCUUAUGGGUGCUGCUGAUCAAGAGGAUGACAUCAAUCAUUUUACUGAGAGUGAAACAAUUAACUGGACCUCAAACCACUCCACAAAUAACAACACUUUAAACUUUGAUGACCGGCAAACCAGUGGGUUUCUUGACACCUAUCUUGAAGUACACCACAUGACACCUUCCUCCAGUGCCCAGAGCUUACGGCCAGGGACAAUAACAACCAGGCAAAAUUCUCCAAGUAAUUCCUCCAAUACAUUUAAACAGCAUUCACACAUGGAGGUUAAUGGUAGCAACUCCACUGCAUUUUCAUACACAGAUUCAUACACAGAAUAUGUGUCAUAUAUACAUCUCUGUUCUGAGGAUCGCAAGAUAGUAGAGUCAUCAGCCCCAGAAAAACACCAAAUUAUACAUCCAGCUCAGAAGAACACUCCUCAUCUGCAUAUCGGAGAGAAUAUGACACACGUCCCUAUACGGGAGUAUUCAAGUAGCAAUCCUCUUUCUCUUGUAGCUGAGAAAUCAGUGACUAGGGACAGAAGCACAACUCCUGCACAAGACAUAAAAGUGCACUCAGCUGGUCCUACAGUCAUGCCUGCAGCUCUGUCUGAGUGUGUCUCUGAGUGCUGUCAUACAGGGGACAGCAUCAGUCUGGUAAACAUUGAUGACUGCAGUGAUGGCGAUGUUACCGAAAUUACUUCUAAGGUGUUUGCAGACUCUCCUAUUGAUUUUGCAGAAGUUGGAGAUAUUAACCUAGCACACAUACCCAUGCACAGAGAGAUUCGAAACAAAGACCCUCAGGAAUUUAUAGACCUUGCCUCAAGUAGCAGCCCCUGUGAAGCCUUCAGUCCAGAUGCUUACCACACAUCCAUUCAGCCCAAAUCACUGGACAGUGGCUAUGACACAGAGAACAACGAGUCACCCGAGUUUGUCAUGAAAGACCUGGAGGGAAAACCGGUUCUCAGUACAAGUGUGGAAUCAGAAUAUGAAAUGGUUCUUCAGAUGGACCUUGAAGAAAAUGAUUUGACUCCAGCUAGCAAUAGUACUCUUAAACUGACAAGCCUGGGCAAUAGAAAUCAAUACAGAGACUCUGCUUAUUUUUCAGACUAUGAUGCGGAAAAUGAAAAAAGUCCCUGUGAAGGAGACAGCAUCUUCUUUGACAAUAAACUGGAUGAUUUCUUUGAAAUAGAACCUGUAAAAGACAACUCUCUUAAGAAGGCUAGGAGACAGGGGGGCUUCCCACUGAGUCAGAAGGAAGAUCAGUAUCAUUUACCAAGCAUGAUAGAAAAUGUAGAUAAUGCUUUACUGAGUGUCAAACAGUUGUGUCUUGAGAGGAGGAACAUGGAGUUUGAUCUAAGUUCAUCUCCUGCAGCAGGUCCAGUGAUUACAGCGUUGGCCCCAGUUCCUCCAGAGAUGGGGGGAUGUUUGACCAAAGAGUCUGCUCCAGAUGAUGGCCUUGGAGUGGAAUCUGAGCACUCUGGAGAGGAGCCAGCCACUGAUUGCUUCUCCAGUAUGGCUUCUGAGGGCUCAGCCACAACACAGGAAGCUACAACCAUGGAGGACCAAGUUAACAGUACUAACAUGGGCUUCUCAUCUGCAGACUCCCUGGGUUCUGCCUCCACUAUGUUGGAAGUCAAGAACUGUGAGAAUGGGGAAGGCAAUCCAGACUGUCAGAUUGAUGGGAAAAAUGAGGAGAAUAAAGGAGUGGAAGAAAAACCAGAGGUGGUGGAAGAAGCACUCUUGAAUGUUAAGCGGGAUAGUUCUCUGGACAAUAUUCUGCCUGCCUUACCAGAGAACCUGGACAUUCCAGCACCCCUGGGGAAUUGUGAGGAAGAGGAAGACUCUGAUGACAGCGAUGAGUCGGACGAAGAGUUGCGUAGCUACAGUGUCCAAGAGCACAGUGAGGACAGUGAGGAGGAGUUCACCACUGUUCCAGUGGUGGUAGUGAGUGAGCGAAGUAGCACCAGGCACCUGCGUAGCCUCCUCAAAAUGCCAUCCCUCCUCACACAGUCCUUCUGUGAUGAGCUAGAACGCAAGAAGAAAGCUGUCUCCUUUUUUGAUGAUGUCACUGUGUUCCUUUUUGACCAGGAAAGCCCUACAGGUGAACUGGCAGAAUACACCUUUCCUCCAGGGGUGGAACCAAAUGUCCUGGCAGCAGAGUGUAAGGAAUAUCCAUCACAGAAGGAAGUCAGUGAAUCUGAUAGUUCCUCGAAUGGGAAUGUCUUAGAACAUAGUGGGACCUUAGAGUGGGAGAAUGACUUUCCGUUGAUGAACAAUGCUUCAACAUUAGAACCCGCCUCUGACAGAACGUGCACCUCACCAAACUCUCCCGUCAAACUUCCCGAGGAGAAGCCAGCACCCCAGUGUUCCCGCUUCAGUGUUUCCCGCUUCUCUAUUACACACGUGUCUGACUCGGACGUCGAACCCAUGGGAGGUAGCUGCUCAGAUGGAGACCAGGCGUGAGAAUGCAUCCAGAUUUCAUUUUGGCCUGAUCCGACUCUAGAUCCUCUUCGGUGUUUAUUUAAUGUUCUGGACAAGGGUUUUCUGAAUCAGUGCCUCAUGCUGUAUUUGAAUUAUAUUAGCCAACCCUUUCUUUGUGUCUUGAGCCAGAGGUUGGCAGUGACAUUGUCUGUUAAGGACAGCAUUUAAAAUUUCAGAAAAAUCUCUGACUAAAAUUUUAUGUAUGCAUAUUUAAGACGAUACGAUUAUUUGCAACGUUCAGUAUCAACACUCAUAUUGCAACAAAUCACUUUAUUACAAACUGUAGCAACCAUAAGGGUAUUGGUUACAUUUCUGUACUCCUCACUGGCUUACUUACAGUGCACACGUCACUCAUUGGUCAGAUCUUCCAGAUGUUGGUUAUAACUGCAAAGUAAGGGAAGAAACACUAAGGUCUUGAUAAGACAACCCAAUUCAAAUAACAUUCAGCUUUUGCCAACUACAAAGGGUAUUGAAUUGUGUACCAGUGUUGGAGAAUGUAGACCAUUUUCCAUGGAGGCGUUCGCUUUUGACCACUUUACGCUAAAAUAUCAUGGCUCAGGUAAACUGAAGGAUGUAAAAAUUGGUACGGCAUCAAAGCGUAAGCCACAUUAUGAAGAUGCUUGCGUUUAAUAUAAUAUGCUUCCUCACUUUUCCCCAUUUUCCCCUUUAUGCUGCUAUUCAACCCUGAGGAUGUGGAAAAUAUUACGUAAAUGCACUUUCUUUGUUGAAGCCUAGAGGUUAUGUGCAAAUUUGUUUCCAUCAGCAAUGUCGGGAUGCUUGUCUAUUUAUAGAGAUACAGUUAAAAAAAGUAUCCCAGUCUUAGUCCUGUCACUGACGUUCACUUUUAUAUGCAAGUGAACUUUCAUCUCAACGCUUAUUGAGGUAGGGAUUUAGUGUUUCAUUAUAUCAGUUUACAUAAGCUGGGUUUGUCAUAUUAGUCUUUAGUAUCAGCGAGCUAUAACUACACAGUGAUGGGCUCUGUGUCAUUACGGAAGACUCCAGUAUGGCUGUAGAAUAGCCUUAACUAGACUAGAGGAAGAUCAGACAUCAGGGGAGAUCUGGUUAAUUUAUUGAAUACCGCAUAACCAAUUAAGAUGCAUAUUUUUAAAGGAUAACGCCACAGAUUUGCCAAUUAACCAUGAAUUUCAAUUGGAUGGCCUGCAGACUGAAAUGCUGAAUUAUAACCUAGCAUGUCUUUUAGGAUCGAUUUGAUGCAAGUUUUUCAGCUUUUCUCAUAAAAUCUUAGAAGAAAAAAAAGAGAGGGUUCUAGCUUUCUAAAUAGGUUCUACUUGGACCUUGUAGAAAUGUUAAAAGGUUCCCCGGAGAGACAAAGCAAAAGUGGGUGCAAGAUGUAACCUUUUCUUUUCUAAGAGUGUAGGUUAAAUCUUGAUGACUGUGAUUAUUGGGAAGUAAUACUCCACACCUACAGUAACAUGCUCCAGGACAGCUUUUUGUAAUGUAGCUUGAAAAUAUUUUAAGUAGUUCAAACCACAUUUCAACAUGACUUAACAAAUAGGUUGCUUACUACCUAGAAGUUAUUUGCAAAAAAAAAAAAAGAAAAGAAAAAAGUUCCUUUAAAAAUAAUGAGGCUCAUUACAGCCACUGGCAGCUCUCCGAACAGCUCCUAUAAAUGGUACCUCAUAAUGCUGGAAGACGCUGGAUAUGUAUUGUUAGAGAAUACUUAGCAGAGCAUAUCAGUAUAAUGACGGAAACAGAAGCAUAAAAAAAACACCUGUCAAAUAAAUGCCUGUGGACUUCCUGUCUUUCUCAUACAUCGUCCAUCUUCAGUUACAAGUCUGUGCUAGUGAUCCGACACUGAGUUCUCUAACAUUUUUCACUGAAAAUGCUGUAAUAAUGUAUGUUACUUGGUCUUUCUACAGCUGCACAGUCAUGCUCAACACAGCCCCACUGGGCCAUAUCCAUAGUUUAUUACUACGCCAAUAUUCAGGCAUUGGUAUACACUGGUCCUCUUUAACAGGUGUUUUGUAAUCUGUACAAUCCUGCAGCACUGUACUAUUUUUGGAAGACAUAUCAGUACUUUAUAGAAGACAGAUAGAUGACUGUUUCGAGUUGCCAAAGUGAUACCUGAUCAUCAGGGGCUCAGUGAAUCAUCCUGUUACAGUACGGUGUGUGGUGUGUUUGUUCCUGCACUUGUAGUAGCACCAUGGCUGUUGUUUCAUUUCAACCCACUCCAUGCUGACUGUAGUACUCCAAAAAAUAAAUAAAACAAACCCAUAGUUCGUC